AGAUGAAAAAACUGUAUUGUAGGCGCAACAUUCAGAGAAACGUAUUUGGACAAUAUUCCUCCUAUUCAUGAAAACAUUGCACUCGCCCAGGCAGUUGUUCUAAUAAAGUACUCUGCAGGGACGCGGGAGGGCGAGACUCUCCCUGAUAAAGGAGAGGCUCAAGAAUACAGUUUCACAGAAGAUGCUCAACUGAGACCGUCUCCUAGUUCCACUUGUUUUGUUGUGCACUGAUUCAAAAACAGAACUUUACACACGUUGUCGCAGACUAUUUCAGGAAGGCUAGAAGUGACCUGUGCAAAAUUCAUCAUGACUGGUGUGGCGAAGGCAUGUCAUCACUGUCUGUCUAAGAUGGCCAGUAAUGCCUACUUUGCGGUGGGACUUCUGUUCUUUCUUGCCGUUCCUCUCACCAUGGCGUUUGUAGGUGUGAAGUCUAUAGACGACUGCCCUGUUCAGCCAAUGAUUCCUCUCUACCUGCUGGUGGGUGGAGUUAUUGGCAGUGUAAAGGUCACGCUGCUCCUGUACGACACCACCCGCAUGAGGUCGCUCAUCUCCAAGUCGGUCGUCAUCGGCGACGACGAUGCCGACGAGUAUCCAUGGAGACAGAACGCAAACAAGUACUACGUGCACAUCAUCCUCAGCCUGUUCCUGUUUGUCUGGUUCCUCCUGGGGAACUACUGGGUGUUCUCUGUGUUCCAGCCUAACUUCAUCACACCCUUCCACCAGCCACAGGACUACUGCAGGAAGUCUCUGUACCUAUUUGCUGUGUUUGUGUUGACGCUCAGCCACACCGUGCUGCUCCUGCUACUCUGCUGUGGGGUCUGUGUACACGUCUGCUCUCAGACCAGCACCAGGGACGACUAUGGGGAUAGUGAUGAAGACUGAGUGACUGACUGGCUGUCUGGAUGACUGACUCAGAGAAGCAUACAGAUGUAGGAUUUUAAUUUGAUCACCCUGUUGUUGCAGGAAAUACAAGCUUGUAGUGUAUCUGAGGUUUAAAAAGGCUUCUGAAGUUUGUAAUUUCCACUUUGAAAUUUCAGACUUGAUUUUCCCUUACAAAAAUUGUACUGUAUCAAACCCUACAAAAAUGUCCAUGAAUUAUAAUCCACAUAAUAAUUUACAUUUCCUGUUGCUCUUAUGAUUAUUUUCCUGCUGUAGCAAACUGUCUCAAAUAAAGAUCCUACAUCUGUACAGAAAGAUUGUAGAGCACUGGCGCAUUGCAGUUAGAUGGUUCUGUAGUUAGUAGAACAGUGGAGCAUUGCAGUUAGAUGGUUCUGUAGUUAGUAGAACAGUAGAGCAUUGCAGUUAGAUGGUUCUGUAGUUAGUAGAACAGUGGAGCAUUGCAGUUAGAUGGUUCUGUAGUUAGUAGAACAGUGGAGCAUUGCAGUUAGAUGGUUCUGUAGUUAGUAGAACAGUGGAGCAUUGCAGUUAGAUGGUUCAGUAGUUAGUAGAACAGUGGAGCAUUGCAGUUAGAUGGUUCUGUAGUUAGUAGAACAGUAGAGCAUUGCAGUUAGAUGGUUCUGUAGUUAGUAGAACAGUGGAGCAUUGCAGUUUGAUGGUUCUGUAGUUAGAAGAGCAGAUCGACAGGUGAGGUUGGGUGUGUAACGUUGGGGAGAUAUGAGCGCAGGGAAAGACUCACCUUAGCAUAACUAACAGAAGUUCUAGGCCCCAAUAUGUGACCUAGACAGUUACACUAUGAAAGAAGAGUCAUUCUGGUGGCAGCUCCAAAACAAACCUGUCAGAUCUACAUGUAUCAUAUGUAACCACACAGGUGGGCCUAGGAGCCUGUUGUUAACUUGAUUGCAUCAUGUGUGGGUGUUUUUGUGCAAUGUAAUUGUCUUUUUAGAUAUUAAGUUACACAAAUGAAACAUGUGCUACAAUUCUACAACUGUUUCAUGUACUUUGUAGGGUCUGAAAUGAAUUUACAAGGCAUGUUUUAUAUACAGUUCCAGAUCAACAUUUGAUCAACACAGAUGUCAGCAUGUACAGUAUAUUGUGUUUAACUCAAUGUAGGAUUUUAGCACUAAUAUUUAUUAAUUCAUGUUGGCACUUUCUAUAGUAUUUUAAAUCAUUUUGUUUGUCAGGAGGCAAUGUGCACUGUUACAUUAGGCUCUUGACUUGUGGAAGAUCAUUUUUGAACGCCGCCAAUCUAACAGUACAGCAAUACUACUGCACCAUCUAGUGGUCAAAUCAAGUACUAUGAAAGCGUAAUCUCACGACAGCUCAUUUUUUUAUGUAAUUAUAAUCUUUAGUGUGAUGAAUAAUCUCUCAAUUUAAUUGGUGUUCAGUUUUUAUCAUAAGGACAUUUGAAUGCAAAUAAAUAAUAACUUUUUCAGAA